GGACGCGGUAGUCGUGGGUUGUUGUUGUUGUUGACGGUAAAAUGGCGUCUGGCGGAGAGGCCCCGGAGUCUUGGUACCUCGCCCUGCUAGGCUUCGCGGAACAUUUCCGUACCUCCAGCCCCCCCAAGAUCCGCCUCUGCGUCCACUGUCUCCAGGCUGUUUUCCAGUUCAAGCCGCCGCAAAGGGUCGAGGCGCGGACCCACCUGCAGCUCGGGUCGGUGCUGUACCACCACACGAAGAACAGCGAGCUCGCCAGGAAUCACUUGGAGAAAGCGUGGUUGGUAUCUCAACAAAUCCCUCAAUUUGAAGAUGUUAAAUUUGAAGCUGCCAGUCUUUUAUCAGAACUGUAUUGCCAACAGAAUUUGGUUGAUUCAGCAAAGCCCCUUCUGCGCAAGGCAAUCCAGAUCUCACAACAAACCCCAUACUGGCACUGUCGGCUCCUGUUUCAACUUGCGCAACUGCACACGCUGGAGAAGGACCUUGUGUCAGCGUGCGAUCUUCUGGGAGUGGGAGCAGAAUAUGCCAGGGUAGUGGGAUCGGAGUACACCAGAGCGGACAGGAGCAUUUUGUUGUUGAGAGCACUGUUUCUCUUGAGUAAAGGAAUGUUGCUACUGAUGGAGCGGAAGCUGCAGGAGGUGCACCCCUUGCUGACGCUGUGCGGUCAGAUCGUGGAGAACUGGCAGGGAAACCCCAUCCAGAAGGAGUCUCUGCGAGUCUUCUUCCUGGUGCUGCAGGUCACGCACUACCUAGACGCUGGGCAGGUUAAAAGUGUGAAGCCAUGCUUGAAGCAGUUGCAGCAGUGCAUCCAGACCAUCUCCACGCUCCACGAUGAUGAGAUUCUGCCCAGCAACCCUGCCGAUCUCUUCCACUGGCUGCCAAAGGAGCACAUGUGUGUGCUUGUCUAUCUGGUGACGGUUAUGCAUUCCAUGCAAGCUGGCUAUUUGGAGAAGGCUCAGAAAUACACUGACAAAGCACUCAUGCAGUUAGAAAAAUUAAAAAUGCUCGACUGCAGCCCGAUCCUGUCCUCGUUCCAGGUAAUACUGCUGGAGCACAUCAUCAUGUGUCGCCUCGUCACCGGACACAAAGCCACUGCACUGCAGGAGAUAUCCCAGGUGUGCCAGUUGUGCCAGCAGUCCCCCAGGUUAUUCUCCAAUCACGCUGCUCAGCUCCACACUUUACUAGGUCUUUAUUGCAUUUCUGUAAACUGCAUGGAUAACGCAGAGGCGCAGUUCACGACAGCACUGCGGCUGACCACGCAUCAGGAAUUGUGGACGUUUAUUGUGACCAACCUGGCCAGUGUCUACAUCAGAGAAGGAAACCGGCAGCAGGAGCUUUUCAGUCUGCUGGAGAGGAUAAACCCUGAUCACAAUUUCCCUGUAAGUUCCCACUGUUUACGCGCCGCUGCUUUCUACAUCAGAGGGCUCUUCUCCUUUUUCCAAGGACGCUACAACGAAGCGAAGAGAUUCUUGCGAGAGACCCUGAAAAUGUCCAACGCAGAAGACCUGAAUCGAUUGACGGCCUGUUCACUUGUUCUGCUCGGACACAUAUUCUACGUUCUGGGAAACCACAGGGAGAGCAAUAACAUGGUUGUACCAGCCAUGCAACUGGCCAGCAAGAUCCCAGACAUGUCUGUCCAGCUGUGGUCAUCUGCUUUGCUGAAAGAUCUGAACAAGGCGUGUGGGAAUACGAUGGAUGCUCACGAAGCUGCUCAGAUGCACCAGAAUUUCUCCCAGCAACUCCUCCAGGACCACAUCGCAGCCUGCAGCCUUCCUGAGCACAACCUCAUCACCUGGACAGACGGACCCCCUCCAGUGCAGUUCCAAGCCCAAAACGGACCGACCACCAGCCUGGCCAGCCUGCUGUGAGAGGCUGCACACUUCAGAGGGACAACGCGGGGGUAGGGGGUGGAGAGCACAUGUGGAGCCCAGAGGAAACAAAGCAGGAGCACUAUACUGCCAUGACCUACAGUAUUGUAUCUAGAUCUCUUUUUAGAUAUUAUUAACUUAUGGUUCUUUCUAUGGUAGCAGAGGCUGUAUGGACCUCCCUACAGGAAAGGCUUUUAUAUUGGACAAGCCUGCGCCUGUUCUUGAGAAACGGUUGUGGACACAGCGUUGCACAGAGUCAUCCGGACAGAAUGUAGAGAAACAGUUGUAAGAAACACCAGCCAAAGGAUAGGGUCGGUGUAAAACACUAUGCGGAGAAUUUCAGCAUGCUUUCAAAGUUGUAGACUGGAGACGAUAGAAGCUGGAAAAUUUUUCAGAAGCUGUGGGUCACAGCCCAGUGUGUGUGUGUCACCCUUCUGAAUCGAUGGGAGACUUUCCAUUCAAUAAGAGGUUUUAAUUUUUUUUUAAAACCAUUUUAAUGCCGCAGUAUUUGAUUAAACAAUCACAUUUCACUUCAUCCCAUCACAUUGAGGAAUGUUGAUUAUUUAAUAUAUUAAAAAAACAACAAGGAAACAGAUCUCCCCACUGUGCCUACGAUAUUUGCAGCCAGCUAGCUGCUGGUUCUUUCUGCUAUAAAUACACUUGGGCUAAUCUAGCUUAUGUUGCAUAUACAGUAUCUAUGGUGUGCAACUAGAAUAUAAGAGCAGCUUCUGAAUUCAAAGGUAAUUCAUAAAGGUAAGUGGACAUUAAAAACAACAACAAACUAUAAGAAAAUAAAAAUUGAAGCUGCUUCCUCUUUUAAUGUCACACAGUCAAUCCUGUACAGUUUAAAAGCCAAUUUUCUAUUUCCUAGGAUGAAUGAAUCCUCGUAAUCUGGAAUCCUCAGUUUCCUCUUAAACCCUGUACUGGAGAUCCAGCGUACUUUUAUCUUUUCAGUUAAAGGUCACAUAACAUUUAUAGUCACAGUAGAAAGGCCCUUUCUACUGUACCCCAGAGAAGCUUUCAUAUACUGUAGUUGCAUAUCUCCUCCAGCAGGUGUCACUGUUGAGCGGUUUUUGAAGCUCCCAAGAGCUAGGCAGGUUUUAUUAUAGAAACAGAAAAUCUAUUAAAAUGUUUUGUGUAACCCCCCCCCUUUUUUUUUUUUUUUUUGGUGGUCUCCUAUGAAUUAUCAUCUAUCCUAGUACCUUCUCUUUCCUUUGCCAUUUUCCCCCCUAUACUCUACUCUUGUAUGAUACAUUUCACCAUGCACGUUCAUAUUUUUAGCUGUACAGAUCAUGACAUGUAAUUAUAACUCUUUUUUUGGUUUGUUUCUAGUAAAUAGACCUACGUUUUGCUUAACUCUGCAGUUUGAGAAAAAAAAAUGAUUACGUUUUGUAAAGUUUGAAUAUUUGUAUGCCACACUUAACAAUAUUCUCUUAACCUUUUUAUUUUAUUUUCCAAAUAUUCAAUAUUAGUUUGUACAAAGAUUGCAAAACUUGUUUGAAAACAUUGUGUACCAUCAUAGUUUUUUUUUUUUUUCCUUAGACGUUCAUUUGCUAUGAUAAAGAAUUAAACUUUU